CGCUUUAUCUGAGAGUACCAUCUAAUAUCUACUAAAUUUUAGUCCAUAACCGUUAAAGGUCCUAUAUGACCGCGUGUUUGUUAGUAUAGAAAUAGUAGGGUAUCCAGAAAAGUGGUCAAAAAAUGGACCGCCCUAGCACGAGCCACCAAUCCGUGGAGAAGAUUGAGGUGUUCGAAGUCAGAGAACAUGUUCCUUAUAAAGCAGAAGUGACUCGAGCACCGGCGGCGUAUGACGAAGAAAGUGGAGAACUUUACACCAAUUCCUGGGACUCCGCGUGGAAGGCCAUAUGUCAGCUGAUAAACUUACUUCAUCAUAUGCAAGUAGCUAUAGUGGUGUUCUGCAUAUGGCAUUUCGCUCUGACGUCAUCGGCCAACGGCGAAAUUAGUAGCUUGGAGCUGCAUAUCAUUUUUGCUGGGACAGGGUACCAGCUAUUCCUGGUGGAGGCAGUGCUGACCCUGCACCCGCACAACUCCUGGUCGUUCCAGCUCUCCAGAGACGCCAAGCGCAUCGUCCACGGAUGCCUGCAGCUCAUCGGAGCUCUAUUUGUCAUGACUGGCUCCUUCUUGGGCCUAUCAGGCUCCGACAUGACGAUUACUGGUGCUCAUGGUAUUUGUGGUGUGAUUGCUCUGGCGUUCACUCUACUGAGCUUCAUAUCAGGACUCUUAGCACUUUUCUCAGCGAAAGUACGUCUGUUCCUGAAAGCCAGACCAGUGAAGAUCCUACACAUUGCAGUGGGAUUAUUUGCAAUCUGCAUGGGACUUAUUACCAUGGCCAUAGGGUUUAAUAAGCCAUAUUUUACCACCAAUCAAGAAAGUCUGUCUACAGGACUUAUGGUGUUUGUUGUGAUGAUCUUGUUGUAUGUUGUCAUUCAGCCUGUCCUUAACUUAGUAUCAACGACCAAGGAAGCUCUCUGACUAAUUGACAUUGCUGGUUCAACAGAUGGCGACAGCAGAGCCUAACCAGUUUUUUUUAUUCUUAAACUAAAAUAAUAAAAAAAAAACAAUAAAAAAGUAAUAAACAUGUAGCUAGGUAGGUAUGUAAUAUAAAUAAUAGAUACUACAUUACUUUCCAGCAUCGACACAUUUUGAAGACGUAGAUAAAUUAUAAUUCUACUCUAUAUUUAUUUUGCUUUCGGUCGUUUAUUAUUAUUUUUUUAUAAAUUUAUACUAUUUUAAGUUUUGUUAGAUCCUAGGUUAGGGUUAUGUAAGUUAUUGUUAACAUUACAUGUUUUAUAUAUGAAGAAGUAUUGAAGGGUUCAGAUAAUUAUGUAGUACAUAAGAUUUUUUAUGCGUAAUAAUUAUUGUUACGUAUAAAAAUUCUUGCUCCAUUGGUAUGUAUUCUCGUUAGAAAAAAUGUAAUAUACUUAAAUUGUUAAUGAUGAUAAUGAAUAAUAAAUCUCCAACCAAGAAAAUAGCUAUAUGUAAUAGGCAUUAAACUAUGUAUGUCAAGGAGUAGUUUCAUUAAAAUUAUUAGGUACAAUUUUUUGGAUUGGAGAUUUAUGAUGGAUGACAAAUGGUAAUUAUAUCAAUAAUUAAUGGUAAUUAUAUCAAUAGUUGUGAAUAGUAAAAAAAGUUAAGUUUAUAUAUGUAUGUAUGUUGAUUGUUCAUUUUGUGUAUGUAGUAGGUACUUUUAUUGUUAUUGUGUUGACUAUAAUAAUAUUAAGUAGUGGCGUGACGUGACUAAUACAUGUAUGCAUGAGUGUUAAUGUAUUUAUUAAUUCAUUAAACAGUU